CUUCCUCCAAUUAACUCCUUAAAUAUUUUUUCCAUCUAUGCCAAAGAGAAAAAUGUUAGGACAAAGGGAUAACUAGUGGCAAAAGUAAGUAAUCAAAACAUUGUAUUCUGUUCCUUUACACUUGGGUCAUCUUCAUGGGGCCCAGAGAUGAAACUUCCAUGCAACUUCGUGAACAAUUUGUUAGCGUAAGCAUCCACUCUUCAUUUUCCAAACCAGCAAUUUCGGAGCAAAUUCCCAUCCUGUUUAGGUAUCAAUAUAAAUAUUUCAUUAUCGAGCAUGAAAUAUGCAAAACAAUUAGUAUAAGUAACUACUGCAUUAUUAGUGCAUUGCACAACACACUAAUUAAAUUUAAUCUCAACGUAUCUAUCAAUGGAAGCUGUGAAAUGCUUCUUCUCAUUCUCUCCCAAGAAGCAAGCCUCCUCCAUCAAGCCCAAAUCGAAGUCCGCUUCGACCUCGGGCUCGGAGAGGAGCUCUAUGUCGAGAGAGGAGGAGGAGAUGAGGGAGGUGUUCCGCCGCUUCGACAGCGAUAGCGACGGGAAGAUCUCAGCGGCGGAGAUCCGGGGGCAUCUGGAGUCGGUGGGGGAGUACAUGUCGUGUGAGGAGGCGGAGGGGAUCAUCUGCCAUCUGGAUUCGGACAAUGACAAGCUGGUGGACAUGGAGGAUUUCCUGCGGAUGAUGGGAGGGGGGCAGGAGGAGGAGGAUUUGAUAGCGGCAUUUGGGGUAUAUGAAUGGGAGGGGACGGGUCGGAUCACGGCGCGGAGCCUGCAGCGGGUGCUGGGGCAGUUGGGGGAUCCGAGAUCGUAUGAUGAGUGCGUGGCAAUGAUUGGGGUGUUUGAUUCGGAAGGGGAAGGGGGAAUCGGGUUUCAUCAGUUCCAACAAAUGAUGACGCCUACGCCUGCAUCCACUUCCUAAUAUUUGAGUGUGGUGUGUGUACCUAUAAAACGAAGGAAAGGAAAUUAUGGUGUUUAAUUCAAAUGGUUGGAGAAGAAGAUCAGUACUAUAAAUUGUUAAUCUCUUCUGUUCUUAUAAAAUUAAUGAUCCGAAUUAAUUUUCAUGAUA